GAAAAUGUCACUGAAAGAAAAUAGUAAGUUUGCUGUCGUAGUUUUCAAAAAUUGGGAAAAUCCCAAUGGAUUAAAAUCUACCGAGCUAGUACCAGUUUCUUGGCUAAGCUAUGAAGACUCGGGAUGGUUUUGCGUUUAUCCUGACGAAAAAGACUAUCCAAAAUUGGAAAAAUGGAUUCGAGAAGAAAAAAAACCAGGAGCGAAAUGGGUUCGAUAUGAAGUAGAUGUGCUUAAGGAAGCGAAAAAUCAUGAGCAAGGAGUCAAACGAUUAAGAAAAUCCUUUGAAACCGCGAACAUCAGUUCUACUGACAACGAUGAAGAUGGAGCAGAAAAUGUUGUUGUGGAUCCUCCUCAAAUCAUUAUCGAUGAGUCGUCACUUGCAGGGUUUUUUGCUGGCUUAGAAGCCGAUGCAAAUUCAGGUGCACCUGAAUUUAAAAAAAAUACGUCCUCGCGGGAAAGCUCAUCAUGUGAACCGCCUUCAAGCAAACGCAUGCGUUUGGACCCAGAAAUUUUCGCAACAAAAAAAGAUAUCGAGGAGAUAGAAAAGGGGAUCAAAAAGAACAUUAAAAAAAUGCAAGAAAGCAUCUUGUACGAUAUAAAAGAGUUCAUUAAGCUGCGAACUCUGAACGCUCCACAACUGCUUGAUCUUCCGGCGAUGCCAUUUGAUGAUUUGGUACCAUUUGUACAAUUUGAAGACGAGUUGAAAAAUAAUCCGGUUUGUUACGUAAUGUUUACGUUGCCGUGUCGUAACGUGUACUCAGUUCACACGUCGGCAUCUCAAAAAAUACUGGAAAUUCAAUUGCGCGUGCGCUGCGAUCUAUUAGAGAGUAACGAAAGCAUGUACGAAGUUAUAAGUCAUAAUACAAGUGGAGUAGUGAGAGCUAUGUAUUGUAGGAACCGUUGAAUUAGAUUUAGAAAGUGUUAGCAGAGUAAAAAUCAAAUGCAGGUUUGUAUUUGUAAUAAGUUUAUUGAAUUAACAAAAGGAAAGAGAAAAGGAGUCGAUGUGACGUACUCCGUGUCAAGAGAUAGAAUGAAUACAUAGCCGUGUGGGCCCGAAGUGAGAGAGAGCAGCGCAGCUGUUCUCCCCACCACACUCGUGCGCGGCACUGCUCGGAGCGCUGUCGGUAGUGGUGGUACAGGCUCCGAAAAUACAAAAACAUUAUAUACUUAUAAUUCUAACAGAAAGCGCAUGAUUAAUGAAACGUAUCGCUAUUAGUCGAGGCGAUAUCCUCUCAAACGUGGAAAAAAUAGAGUAAUGGAUAGUUUUUGCGUCAUUCCCUCCUUGAGGACACCCGUAACCUGGAGACCAAUCUUACAUUUGA